AUGGCGUGGCUUCGCAGGAGGCAGGCCAAAGAUCCCAAAUCAAACGAAAGUCUUAUAGGUAAGUCCCGCCGCCCUCCUAACACAGCUUUUCGGCAACAACGACUCAAAGCAUGGCAGCCUAUCCUUUCACCUCAAUCUGUCUUACCUCUUCUUAUUCUGGUUAGUGCUAUAUUUGCCCCUAUAGGCGUUGCUCUGAUCAUCACCGCCAACAAUGUUCAAAAUCUAAGCAUCGACUAUAGUCACUGUGGAGAGCUGGCUAAUUCGCACAGCUUUACCCAAAUUCCGUCAAAGUACGUCAAUUCUCAUUUCAAAAAGCGGACAUCAGCUCAUCCGGUAUGGAGGCUCCAACAAGGCAGCAACGAUCAAAACACAACUUGCGAGCUCCAAUUUGAGAUACCCACCGAUGUGAAAAAGUCCAUAUACGUUUAUUACCAACUCACCAACUUCUAUCAAAAUCACCGAAAAUACGUACAAUCGUUUGAUAUCAACCAACUAAAGGGCCAGGAUAUUGAUGGUGAUGAUCUCACGUCAGAUUGCAACCCCUUGCGUGUCAACGGUGAGAAGGUCGUUUACCCCUGUGGAUUAAUCGCGAAUUCGGUGUUUAAUGACACUUUCCAACAUUUUCUUACAGGUAUAAAUGAAACCAAGCUUGACUAUGGUCUCACCAAUAAAAAUAUAGCUUGGAAAGCAGAUCGUAAUCGAUACAAGAAGACAUCGUAUAAUGCCUCCCAAAUUGUCCCUCCACCUAACUGGGCCCAAAAAUACCCCGAUGGCUACACUGACGAGAAUAUUCCGGAUAUUUCAAAGUGGGAAGAGCUUCAAGUAUGGAUGCGGACGGCAGGGCUACCGAAAUUUUACAAAUUAGCCCUCAAGAACGAAACUUCUACGCUACCGCAUGGUACGUAUCAAAUGAAUAUUGGCUUAAACUACCCGGUUUCUGUAUUCGGUGGGUCCAAGUCUUUUGUGAUCACUACCAAUAGCAUUAUUGGCGGACGAAACAUGGCACUAGGAGUAUUAUACCUGAUCGUGGCAGGAUUUUCAAUAUUUUUCGGGAUUGUUUUCCUGGUAAAGCUGGUUGUACAACCAAGGAAACUCGGUGACCAUUCAUUUCUGAGUUUCGAAGACAACAAUGAUUCCGAGAAUCGCUCAGUAACACAAGAUAUACCUCUGAGAGAGAUCUUAUAG